GACACGCCCCUACAUUUGUUGUCAGGAAGUGCUGCAAGAAGAAGUUUAUCACGGGGAUUCCCUUUUACCCCAGGGUAAAGUAUCAGCUGGCCCAGUGGCAUUUCCACUUCGGUUCAAAACGAGAUUGGGGAACUGAACACGCCAUUAAUGGAAAAAGAUACUCAGCCGAGCUUCACAUGGUUCAUUUCAAUACCAAGUAUGGAACUGUGACCAAUGCUAUUGAUAAGAAAGACGGUAUAGCAGUCGUUGCCAUUUUAUUCAAGGAGUGUUGCCGAGCCCGACUUUCAUCCAUUGACUUGUUUUUCCGGAAGUAUGGCUCCCAUGUGUAUUGCCCAGGACACGCCGUCAGAGCUGUAUUUAAUCCUGUGUCCUGUAUUCCAAAGAGAGGUCGAAUGUUUUUCUACAAGGGAUCACUAACCACGCCCGGAUGCUACGAGAGCGUUAAUUGGCUGGUUUUCAAGAAGCGCCUGACUAUAUCAUCAAGGACAAUGGCAUUUUUCCGGAAGUUGAAAACGUAUCACCAUGGUGCCCCAAUAGCAGAAUUGACCAAUCUCCGACCGCUACAGCCUCUAGGAAAAAGACACGUGUAUUGUAACAUCUAAACACGCAAAUAAAAAAUAUAACAAUGUGG